UUCAACCGUUUUUCUGUUUGAGUUUCCUUCUGAUUCAAUCUUUGAAGGCAUUUCGUUUCUCAGAUCCAAAUUAAACCCAUUCUAGCUAGAUCCGAUCUGGCAUUGCCUUUUUCUCAAUCCAAAAUCCUCCUCACCAUUCUUCUCUGCAUAAGCUAAAAUGGCGACGAUGGAGAGCUUGAUUGGCCUCAUUAACAAAAUCCAACGAGCCUGCACGGUUCUCGGUGAUCAUGGUGGCGAGGGAAUGUCCCUCUGGGAAGCUCUUCCCUCCGUUGCUGUCGUCGGUGGUCAGAGUUCCGGCAAAUCUUCGGUUUUGGAGAGCGUAGUGGGGAGGGAUUUCCUUCCUCGUGGAUCCGGUAUUGUUACACGGAGGCCAUUGGUGUUGCAACUUCAUAAGUUAGAUGAUGGGAAGGCUGAAUAUGCAGAGUUUCUCCAUGCUCCAAAGAAGAAAUUCACUGAUUUUGCUGCUGUGCGUAAGGAAAUUUCAGAUGAAACUGAUCGUAUAACAGGGAAGACAAAGCAAAUCUCUAAUGUUCCAAUUCACUUGAGCAUAUAUUCUCCAAAUGUUGUCAACUUAACCCUUGUAGAUCUUCCCGGCUUAACAAAGGUUGCUGUAGAGGGACAGUCAGAAAGUAUAGUUGAAGACAUUGAAAACAUGGUCCGUUCUUAUGUUGAGAAGCCUAACUGCAUCGUAUUGGCUAUUUCCCCUGCUAAUCAAGAUAUUGCCACUUCAGAUGCUAUAAAACUUGCAAGAGAAGUUGAUCCUACUGGUGAAAGAACUUUUGGGGUGCUUACAAAACUUGAUCUUAUGGACAAGGGAACAAAUGCACUGGAUGUUCUUGAAGGAAGGGCAUAUAGGCUACAACAUCCUUGGGUAGGAAUUGUGAAUCGUUCACAAGCUGAUAUCAACAAGAAUGUUGAUAUGAUUGUUGCUCGUCGAAAGGAACGUGAAUAUUUUGAAACAAGCCCUGAGUAUGGACACUUGGCAAGUAAAAUGGGAGCAGAGUAUCUUGCAAAACUUUUGUCUAAGCAUUUAGAGACUGUUAUCAGGCAGCGCAUACCAAGCAUCAUUGCUUUGAUAAAUAAAACAAUUGAUGAGCUUAAUGCUGAGUUGGACCGUAUUGGAAGGCCUAUAGCAGCAGAUGGCGGGGCCCAGUUAUACAUGAUUUUAGAACUUUGUCGUGCAUUUGACCGUGUCUUCAAGGAACACCUAGAUGGAGGACGACCUGGUGGUGAUCGGAUUUAUGGGGUUUUUGAUCAUCAAUUGCCAGCUGCUCUUAAAAAGCUUCCCUUAGAUCGUCAUCUCUCAAUGAAAAAUGUUCAGAAGGUAGUUACAGAGGCUGAUGGUUAUCAGCCACAUCUGAUUGCUCCAGAACAAGGAUACAGAAGGCUCAUUGAUGGCUCCAUCAGCUAUUUCAAAGGCCCGGCUGAAGCUUCUGUGGAUGCUGUACAUUUCAUAUUGAAAGAGCUUGUAAGAAAGUCAAUAUCAGAAACAGAGGAGUUGAAGCGCUUUCCAACGCUUCAGAAUGAUAUAGCUACUGCUGCAAAUGACGCGUUGGAGAGAUUUCGUGAAGAAAGCCGGAAAACGGUUCUACGGUUGGUUGAGAUGGAAUCUAGCUAUCUGACUGUUGAGUUUUUCCGGAAGAUUCAUGCUGAACCAGAGAAGAAUGUAAAUCAAUCAAGCUCAAAUACUGAUUAUCAUCUCAGAAGGAUUGGGUCAAAUGUCAAUGCUUAUAUAGGUAUGGUUUGUGAUACAUUGAAGAAUUCUAUUCCCAAGGCUGUCGUUUAUUGCCAAGUCCGAGAGGCCAAGAGAUCACUACUAAAUCACUUCUAUACUCAAGUAGGAAGGAGAGAGAAGGAGCGGCUUAGUGCAAUGUUGGAUGAGGACCCACAACUGAUGGAGAAGAGAAACCAGAUUGCCAAAAGGCUCGAACUCUACAAGUCUGCUAGAGAUGAAAUUGAUUCCGUAGCAUGGAAAUGAUGGAGGGGAUCCUCAUCAUCUUUUCUCACGAUCCUCUUCAUCUUUUCUCAGUCACAAUAUGUUGACAGAAGCGUUCCCUCGCGGACGAUUACAGCUUCUUGUUUCAAAUUCCUUUUUCGAUUCUUUCCAUUUCUUUUUUGGAUGACCUGGUCAUCAAGACAAUCAUUGUUUUCUUCCCCGGGAAAUUGCAGCUUCUACUAUUAUAAAAUUCAGCAUUUUCC